AUGAACAAUGCAUCCAACUCAUCAACCUCUCGCCGGCACAGUCUCGGGACGGAAUCGUCCAACUCACGCUUCUACUUACAUCACCAUGCACCAGACCAUAUUUCCAAACGAACUAUGAGUAUGAUGCGUCGAGUUUCUUCUGUUGCACUGCACCAUGUGUCCACGGCAGCUAUCAAUCCCUGGAAACAUGGCUCCGAGUGA